CGUUACUGGCGCUGUGGUGGUGGGAUGGAAUCCUUGACCAUGUAGGCGCAGGCGGCGCCGAGAUGUCCGUUCGCGGACAGAUGCGCUGUGCGCCAGCUGAGAUGGCUUCUUACAUGCUUUCGUAUAAUAGUCCAGCGGUACCGUCUCCAAGUUGCCUCUCACCCAUUAGCAACACACUAGCACAACAAACAUCCACUGUCUUUAUCAAGAGUCUACAGAUCGAGUCAGAAACCUCCGCAUUCCCUACAGCGUAUUACAUAUUUCGACAAUGGUUGGCCGCCUGAACAUGAAGUCCAACAAGACAGUCCAGCCUGGACAAAGCUUUCUUACCGAGGAGAACCUUCGCUUGCACAGCUCAACAUACACCAAGAACACAUCAACAUAUGAAGACCGCCUGUCAAUUCAAGACCGUACAUGGGCAGAGUCCUCUGAGCUGUACCGAAUUGAAGAUGACCUGAGCGAGUCUGCCGAUGAGGAUCUCAACACCAGGAGAUACAACAUGGCCCUGAGAAAGGCAGCAUCUCUGGAAGCAUUGCAAAUCUACGGCGGUUGCUUCACAUCUGGCUUUCUCGCCAUGACCCACGGAGACUACGAUUAUCAGAAACUUGCUUGUGCAGAUGCCGAAGGACUCGAUUUGCAGAAAUUCGCCUUUGAGAUGUCUCGUGCCGACACAGGCAGUAUCGAGAGCCGAUCGAGAUCCUCGGGAAGCUGUGGCAGCCCGCGACCAGACUCUGACACCCUAAGCCGACUGGACCGCGAGAGGAGCGAGAAGAAGUGGAGCUGGAGGAACUUUGGAAAGAAGAGGCGGAGUGAGAGGACAUCGGCAUGAUUGAGCUUCGAGCGUAUUGGAACUUGCUGAGUUGGAUGAUCAUUCUUAGCGUUGGUGUUUGGGUUUCGGCUUCUCUGACUGGCAUGGCAUAGCGUUGCACUUCCUUUGUUUGCAUAUCCCAAGAGACGUAUCCUUGGAAGACACGACGCAUGAUCGCGUGUUGUAUACUAAUGGCUUCGAAACGAGUCAAGAUGAGUGUGAACCGACGGGAAUAAAGACCGAAUUAUCUCACUCUUGCAAGAUGUAAUGCGUGAAGUCAGCGGGUGCCUCGGAGAGCCGAGAUAGUGAAAAAUAUCACGUGACAUCGUACUGUGCAAUCCACGGUUUGGAAGACGCGUUGGACCGAACGGAACUAAAUUACG